UCGUGGAGCACUGGGAGGAGAGGGGGUUUGGUGUGGAAGCAGCAGAAAUGGCCAGCAAAGUGUUGGAUCUGUUAUACUGGCGAGAUGUGGGGACCACCGGGCUGGUGUUUACAGGUUUGGUUGUGGGUUUGGCUUGUUUGUUCCAGCUCAGUGCCAUCACGAUCCUGUCCAACCUCGGUUUAGGCAUUAUGGCCUUCACUCUCCCUGUAUGCUUGCUCUACAAAGCCAUGACGCUUGUCCGCCUCAGUGAUGGAUCUCAUCCUUUUCAGUCAUAUUUGGAUGAGGACCGUACACUGACAGAUGAGGACACAGUUCGCAUAGCGGAACAAAUCGUUCUGCUGAUUGCUACAGCUGUCACCGAGUUGAAGAGGCUGUUCUUCAUCGAUAGCAUCAUGGACUCAGUGAAGUUUGUUGUGUUCCUGUAUUUGUUGACCUAUGUGGGGGUCCAAGACAAUGGUCUUACGCUGUUGAUGACCGGUGUGAUAUGUGCCUUCUCUCUACCACUGUUGUACAGACUUCAACAGAAAAGGAUCGACAAGAUUGCCAAAGCAAUCAAAAAACUUGUAGAAAAAGGCACCGAACUAGUUGAUCUUGUGAUUUCAUUGGCCAAACCUCCACCAGCCCCAGCCCCAGCACCUUCCCCUUCCCCCACAGCAAAACAUAAACAGAAGACUAAAUGAAGAAGAGAGAGAGAGAGAGGGAGAGAGAGAGAGAGAGAGAGAUGGGGUGAGGAGCAGAAAUGUGGAGUACAUUGAACAAACAAAGUCUUACGCUGCGAUUUCAGCAGGGUCGGGGGUUUGGGGGUUAUGAAGUAGGUUUCUUACGGUGCUAGGAGAUUCUUCAAUAGGUCUUCUGAAAAGAAUUAAACAACAGGCUUCUUCUUGAAGCACACUUCAGUCAAGAGAAG